CAUACAGAAGUUUUCAGUCUUCAUAAUGAGAAAGUAAAAUCAAACCAACACAUUAUUGAAAGAGCAUUUUGUAACUAACUUUGAUGCUAGUUCAUUUAACUUGCUUAAGAAGCACUAAGAUAAGCUCUUGUAUUUUCUGGAGAAAUUUAACAUAUUUUUUCACCAUGGAGUCCAAGAUCUUAUGGAGCUCAUAUAGCUUAAUGUUUCUUGUGUUUUGUUCUGGUGCAGUUGCUUAUGAUGCAUUGGAUCCAAAUGGGAACAUAACAAUCAAAUGGGAUGUGAUUUCUUGGACUCCUGACGGUUAUGUGGCAGUACUGACAAUGAACAAUUUCCAAAUGUAUCGUCCAAUAACGAGUCCUGGAUGGACUUUAGGAUGGACAUGGGCAAAGAAUGAAGUAAUUUGGUCCAUGGUUGGAGCACAAGCUAUUGAUCAAGGAGAUUGUUCAAAGUUUAGAUCCAACAUUCCUCACAGUUGUAAGAGAAAUCCUGCAAUUGUUGACUUGCUGCCAAAUGUCCCUUAUAACCAGCAAAUUGCUAACUGCUGCAAGGGUGGUGUUUUGGCAUCGAUGGGAAAUGACCCUUCUGCUGCUCUCUCUGCAUUUCAGCUAAGUGUUGGCUCUGCUGGGAAUACAGAUAGAACAGUGAAACUUCCCAAAAAUUUCACUUUGAUCGCUCCAGGAGGUGGCUAUACCUGUGGUCCUGCUAAAAUCAUCCGUCCCACUCUUUUCAUCAUGCCUGAUCGUCGACGAAUAACAAGGGCUAUGAUGACAUGGAGAGUUAUUUGCACUUACUCUCAGUUCUUGGCCUCUCCAAAACCAACAUGUUGCCUCUCCUUGUCUUCUUUUCACAAUGGAAGUAUCACCCCUUGUCCUUCAUGUUCUUGUGGCUGCCAAAACAGUAGCAACUGUGUCAUGAAGACACCGCAUGGAAAUGUGCCAAAGAAAGUAAAUAAGCCAGUGCUUCGAUGCACAAAACACAUGUGCCCUAUCAAUGUGCAUUGGCAUGUUAAGUCAAACUACAAGAAGUAUUGGAGCGCGAAGAUUACCAUCACAAACUUCAACUACCGAUUCAACCAUACACAAUGGACACUCGUCGUUCAACAUCCAAACCUCAACAAUGCUACCAAAGUUUCAAGCUUUGCAUACAAAUCUCUCAUGCCAUACACAGCAAUUAAUGAUACUGCCUUGUUUUAUGGGAGAAAGUCAUAUAAUGAUGUCCUGAUGCAAGCUGGAGCAAAAGGAAAUGUCCACUCAGAUUUAACACUUGAGAAGGAUGGUAAAACAAUUGCACUAAAGAAAGGUUGGGCUUUCCCUCGAAGGGUAUACUUCAAUGGCAAUCCAUGUGUGAUGCCAUCUCCUGAAUCUUACCCAUAUCUUCCAAAUUUUGCUGGCACGAGAUAAAGAGCAUGUCCAACUUCAAGUUUUCUGGUUCUCUUGGUAUUCCUAGCCAAUGGUUGUAACUAGUGAUAAAUAUCCAAGAACUGUAAUUUAACUAAUGAGUAUUGCAAUGCACUUCGCAAUUUCCAAAACUAGUGGUCUUUUAUGAAAAAUAAGGUGCUUAACCUGACACA